AUGCCUUUCCAAGUGGUCUCCCUCCUCCUGGUCUCACUGAGCUUUGUGUUGAUGGAGGAAAACGGCACCAGGGCAAACGCAAAGAUCCUGCAGAGGCGGUACUCCGAGGGGACGUUAGCGAGUGAUUACAGCCGAACUCUGGACAACAUGCUGAAGAAGAAUUUUGUGGACUGGCUCUUGACCAGAAGAGAAAACAAGAUGGAUAACAGCGUUGACCUCUCCAAGAGAGAAGUUGAAUCCCCAACACUAAAUACAAACUCUCCAAGCUUUGAAGCUGGAUCUCAGGGGACGAAGGAUUUCUUUAUUUGCCUUCUGCAACAAAGCCUCAUUCUGCCAAACGGUUCCGAUCAGUGGAAGGACAUCUGGAAGCAGGAAUUUCUGGACUGGUUGAUUUCUGCUGACCUCUGCAGGCCGAUGUGA